AUGAAUGAGAAUAUGCGCGAUUUCUUCUUACAUGAAAAAGCACUCAAAGAAGGCUAAAAUUGUAUACACUUAUUUUCAAAGUCAUUAAAUUUGUAACUUAAAAUAACACCCCUUGAAGUAAUACAACCAGCAAAUUUCUUUAAAUACCUAUCGAUGAAUACAUUUAACAAUUUAUAAAACUAUAUCAUGCACAUUCCAAUGAUCCAUUUGCAAACUUUAGACUAGAAACGCAAUAAUAACUUUGCAAAUGCAGUAUCUUAAACUUAUUUGUCAAACAUAAUGUGUUUUUUUUUCAAGAUUUUUUUUUGAUGAUGAUGAAAAAAAUUAAAGUUCCGAUUUAUUUAUGAAUUGCAUGUUGAUGAGAAAUUCAACCUAAUUAUACAAUGAAGUCUUGAUUCAUUAUAAUCACUUGUAAAAUCCAAUUUAAGUUUACAAAUUAAUAACAGCUGAUAAUUAAGAAAUAAAGUUUUAAAUUAAUAAAGCAAAUUAUUCUGCAGACUAGAAACUAAAUGAGAUCUUUCAGAAAUUUCUUAAAAAUUAGAAUAUUCAAAAAUAAUUUUGCGAAAACAAUGUGGAAAGGGCCUCUAUAUUUGAAUAUUUCUAUCAAUUUGCGGGGUAUAUAGAUUUUAUUCUUUUAAGCUUAUAUAAAGAAUUUAACACAUCAUGGGUUUAUUCUUUGUUUGACAUUUUCUCAAAAUAACUACUUUAUGUAACUAAGAAACGCAAAGUUUCUGCUUAUAGUUUGAUAACUUGAUUCUAACAUAGUUUUAUGAUGAUGUCGUUAAGCAACUAUUUGAAUAAAUUUAGAGAUUCUCUCCAAUUAAGGCAACUGUUUUAACCUAAUUUCAAUAUACCCCAAUAAUUUACAAUUUAAUGAACUUUAAAGUACCUCCUUAUUAAUACACACCUUAACUAAAAUAUAUCCUUGUAAAUAAACUGAAGUAAAUCUCUUUCAUCUCCUCAAGCCAUAAGAAUAAAGUAAAUUCCAGAUAUCAGAGGAAAAUCAAAUUAUUCUGCUUUAAGGAUAUCGAAAGUUAUUGUCCAUGAUAGUUGAAGCUUGGAGGGAUUCUAAUAAAUAAAAUAGGACUGGAUUAUAGAAUAUAUUUAGAUUGUCAAUUAACUAUUUUUUCAACAACUGUGACACAUCUUUUUCAUUAACAAAAGAAUCCACAUUAUAAACUUAUUUGUAAAAUUUAGUGAUUUGUGAUAGGAACUUUAUAACUUUACUAUCAAUAUUUUUGAUGGACUUUGGCUCUCAAGAGGCCUAUGAGGAUUUAUUAAGAACUAGUAACCUAGCCCCAGAGUAAUUUAGAUAAGUUCUGUUGAGCCUGUUAAAAAGAACUUUACUUAGUAACAUUGUACUUUUAAAGUGUGGAAUUCCAAAACUCUAUAAGGGCUAAGCGAAAUUGUAUAAGGAAGAAAUGAAACCAAAAGAAGUAUCACUUGAACAAGAUGUAGCUUAUAUUUAACUAUAUGCCUUUUUAUUUGGCUCUCUGGGAAUAAAUGAUAUUGUCUCCAGUUAUAAAGAAAUUGCAAAAUUCUUCGAUUACAAAUCUGAUCCUUAAUUUCUUAUUUGUAGAAUAGCUUAAACUGAUUAUGAUCUGAUUUAAUGUGUAGGAGACAUUUUUGGAAAUGAGUUUUAAAAGGCUUAAACAAUAUAUUCCAAACAAUCUUCUUCGCUUAGUCAUUUUACCAAGUGAAUGAUCUUCGAGAACUUUUGAAAAAGUUUAGUUAUGACAGCAGCUGGGAUUUAUUAAAUAUUAUUUUGGUUUCUUGUGAAUUAAAUAAAGAUCAUGAAUAAUUGUAAUUAGAAAGAUCGCUUUAACCUGUUUAAUAUGAACCAAUUUUUGCUUCAUUGGUAUUAGUACUAAAAGAAUAAAUAACAGAAAAAUUGAAAACCUAAAAUGACAAAUAAUCUGAGUUAUUUGGAACUGCUCUAGCUAAUGAACUAUCCCAAAUAAAUGAACACAAAUCAACAUUAACAUAUAAGAGGUUAGCCAUUCUUAAAGCCAUUGUUUUAGACCAAGAAUAAUAAGUACUUCAAAAUAUUAUUGAAUAAAUACAAGGUUAACAGGAGUUGGGACUAAUUUAAAAUAUUUCUUAAAUAUUGGAGGAUUAUUCUGUCUACAUUAACUUAGUUUGUUUAUGUAUAAACAUUUUAAAAACACAAAUAAACUCUCUAAGAGUAUUGGAGUAGUAUUUUUUCAAUCUGUUUAUAAAUCAUAUAAGAUGUUAAUUUAACUUAAACAUAAUACACCAUUUAUGAAAUAUUUGCAAGAUAACUUGGCGAAACCUUUAGUUUAAAUUCCUCCUAAGUUGAAAAUGAUGCUUAAAGAGCCUGUAAAUCAUAACUAUUGAAGAGAGAAAGGUCUAGAAUAAAUUUGAAAAUAUGGGAUCAGCAUUAAGUAAUCAAAUUGCAGAAGUUCCACAUGAAAUGA